UGGGUUGACAGGUGCGUGACAGUCGGAGCUCUCUGCAGGCAUGUACGGCAAAGGCAAGAGCAACAGCAGCGUCCCGUCCGACAGCCAGGCCAGGGAGAAGUUAGCACUGUAUGUAUAUGAAUAUCUGCUCCAUGUAGGAGCACAGAAAUCCGCUCAGACAUUCUUAUCAGAGAUAAGAUGGGAAAAGAACAUCACAUUGGGCGAACCCCCAGGAUUCUUACAUUCUUGGUGGUGUGUUUUUUGGGAUCUCUAUUGUGCAGCUCCGGAAAGACGUGAAACGUGUGAACACUCAAGUGAAGCUAAAGCCUUUCAUGACUAUAGUGCUGCAGCAGCUCCCAGUCCAGUGCUAGGAAACAUUCCCCCAGGAGAUGGCAUGCCAGUAGGUCCUGUACCACCGGGUUUUUUUCAGCCAUUCAUGUCUCCCCGGUACCCAGGAGGCCCCAGGCCACCUUUAAGGAUACCCAAUCAGGCACUUGCAGGUGUCCCAGGAAGUCAGCCAUUAUUGCCUAGUGGAAUGGAUCCAACACGGCAACAAGGACAUCCAAAUAUGGGCGGGCCAAUGCAAAGAAUGACUCCUCCUAGAGGAAUGGUUCCAUUAGGACCUCAGAACUAUGGAGGUGCAAUGAGACCCCCACUGAAUGCUUUAGGUGGCCCUGGAAUGCCUGGAAUGAACAUGGGUCCAGGAGGUGGUAGACCUUGGCCGAACCCCACAAAUGCUAAUUCUAUACCAUACUCUUCUGCAUCACCAGGGAAUUAUGUAGGCCCACCAGGAGGUGGAGGACCCCCAGGAACACCCAUCAUGCCUAGUCCAGCAGAUUCAACCAACUCGGGAGACAACAUGUACACUCUAAUGAACACAGUACCACCUGGACCCAACAGACCUAAUUUUCCAAUGGGACCAGGGUCUGAUGGGCCAAUGGGUGGACUGGGUGGAAUGGAUUCACAUCAUAUGAAUGGAUCACUAGGCUCGGGAGACAUGGACAGUAUCUCCAAAAACUCGCCCAGUAAUAUGAGCAUGAGCAAUCAGCCCGGGACCCCUCGUGAUGAUGGUGAAAUGGGUGGAAACUUCCUAAAUCCUUUUCAGAGUGAAAGCUAUUCCCCCAGCAUGACAAUGAGUGUGUGAUCCAUUACCAAGUCUCUUCGUGAAGGCUGCACUGAGUUGGCCCUCUCCAGAGAGCUACUAAAGAAGAAAAAUUACUCAUCCCUGUGUACAGUUUGACAGAAAAUAUCUCAGCCACAAUUGGACCCACCGUUUUUUUUCCUAGCCAUCUUUCCAGUUUUGUGAAGAAAGUGGGUCCUGAUCUGGUUUCAGCGACUAUAAAGUGGCAUAUCAGAGUUGCCCAAGACCGAACUGCAAACAGUUAUCUGUGUAUGUAUAUGUAGGGAUAGGUGUAUGUAUGUGUGUGUUAAAGAGACAUAGAUAUGCGCACAUACAUAUAUAGACCUGCAGGACGUUGUAAAAUAUUAUCACAUGACAUCUUAAAUAGAAGUAAGAAAUAGGGACUUUUAUUCCAUCUUUUUUCACGUUUACAUUUUAACUAUUAAAAGAACUGUUUCCCUCUCCCCAUCUGACCUGUUCUGUGCUGUGUAUAUCACUGCUUUUGUAAGUUAUUUUUUUAAGAUCUCAGAUAAGUUCUGUUUUUUUGUCAAUGUCCACCAUCAUGGAUAGGAAUAAAACUGCUUAUAAGAGGGCUCUCAUAAAGUUGUGUUUCAUACUGGUAGCUAUGUGCAUUGCAAACCACACUAUCUCAAGAAAAAAAAGCAUUUGUUUUAUUGAGUACGUAAAACUUGUCCCUUUGCCUUUUUUAAAAAUCCCAACAGCAUUGGAGAGGUUCUUAUGGUGGUCUUUUGGAACCCUGAUACUGUGAUCCUAAACAUACCAGCAUGGUGGUAAGCUCCAUUCACAUUGGACAUAUUUACUGCCAGCUUAAUAUGUUGAGGAUCGGACUGAAAAACCUUCAAUAUUUGUUUUCAAGGGAAGUCUGAGUUAAGUUUCAGCUUCUUGGUCUAUGCAGAUCAAAUACAGCAUUACUGUGUUGGACUCUGGCUUGAUUGCUGUAGCAUUCAGCAAUAAAAGUGGCAGGUUUUAUUUUUCUGUCUUUGCAGAAUAAAAAACUAUUUAGUAUGAUCUUCCAUAGGUGUAGCAAUUAAUAAAAUGUUACUUUAAUGGGGAGGCACACUUUUUUGUAACAAUGUGCCAGUGUUUCUCUCUGGCCUACUGCCAAUAACUUCCUGUGAUCUGUGGCUAGUUAAAGGACCAUCAGCUUCAUUGUACCAGGAGAAGGGAUGGAGAGUCCUCCCCUCCACAGCCCCACUCACUGGCCUCACUGAGCAACUUCUCCCUCUGCCCGUACCUCCCACUUCCCUGCAUUCUUUUCAUUCUUUUCAGAAUUCAUUACGUGUUACU